GUAUAAAAGCGCCUUUGCUCAGUGUAGACAACACAGCCUUGUGGAGAACCACAAAGAGAGAUCCUACACCACUGAAUCCUUCCUUUUGUUCACUCCAAACAACAACAAAACAAACAGCACCCGUGUUUCCUUCUCAGUUGCUCAGAAUGGAAUACUACAAGUUUGCCCUGCUGGUGGUUUUCCUGUCCUACAUUGAGCGCUGCUGGUCUUCUUCCUGCGUUGUAGACAGCUUUACAGUCAAGGACAACUUUGACCCCAAGAGAUAUGCAGGCAAAUGGUACGCUCAGCAGAAGAAAGACCCAGAGGGACUCUUCCUCCAGGACAACAUCUCUGCCGAAUACACCAUUGAUGAUGAUGGCACCAUGACUGCCUCUUCCAAGGGCCGCGUAACUCUUUUCGGGUCAGUGAUGAGUCUGAAAGUAUGAUUGUAACAAUGAAGCAUUCAAUGACAUCUGAUUCAGAAAGCUUAAUAAGCUUAAAUAAGAUUGCGAUAACUUCACAUGCUAAUGCCAA